AUGAUUAUGAAGAAACAGUUCUGUGUGCCCAUUUACUUAUUUCCUGUUUCCAACCUUCUUUUCCUUUUCAAAAGGUGUCCAAGCUACAUAGAACCAUGAAAUCUAACACUUGUCUCAGAAUUCUUUCUCAUGGGACUCUCAGAUGAUCUGGAACUUCAGCCUCUGCUCUUUGGGCUCUUCCUGUCCAUGUACCUGUCUAUAUUGGGGAAUCUGCUCAUCAUCCUGACCAUCAGUUUGGACUCCCACCUCCACACCCCCAUGUACUUCUUUCUCUCCAACCUUUCCAUGGCUGACAUCUGUUUUAUCUCUACCAGCAUCCCAAAGAUGAUCAUGGACAUCCAAACUCACAGCAGAGUCAUCACCUAUGGGGGCUGCCUGACUCAGAGGUCUUUUUUGAUCCUUUUUGGAUGUAUGGAUGAUAUUCUUUUGACUGUAAUGGCCUAUGAACAGAUUGUGGCCAUCUGCCACCCUCUGCACUACUCAGUCAUCAUGAACCCAUGUCUCUGCUGCUUCUUAGUUUUGGUGUCAUUUUUCAUCAGCCUUUUGGACUCCCAGCUGCACAAUUUGAUAGUGUUACAACUUACGUGCAUCAAGAAUGUAAAAAUUGCUAAUUUCUUCUGUGACCCUUCUCAACUCCUUCAUCUUGCCUGCUUUGACACCUUCACCAAUAACCUAGUCAUGUAUUUUGUUGGCGCCAUAUCUGGUUUUCUCUCUAUCUCAAGUAUCUUUUUCUCUUACUAUGAAAUUGUUUCCUCCAUUUUGAGAGUUCCAUCAAAAGGUGGGAAGUACAGAGCCUUCUCCACCUGCGGCUCUCACCUGUCAGUCGUUUGCUUAUUCUGUGGAACAGGCAUCGGAGGUUACCUUGGAUCAGCAUUGUUGGCUUCCCCCAGGAAUAAUGUGGUGGCCUCAGUCAUGCACACUGUAGUCACAAUCAUGCUGAACCCCUGCACUUAUAGCCUGAGGAACAGAGACAUUAAGUGUGCCUUAGGCAGGCUCCAUAGCAAAACGUCUGGUCUUAAUAUCCAUGUAACUCUUUUUGGAGUGUGGUUAGAAAACCCAGCAAAACCAAACAUGUAA